AUGGCGUAUGCAUACUACCAGGCUAUCGGACGCGACAAGUGGGGUACUCCAGAGUUCAGGUUCGAACGUCCUCCGACGCCCAACUUCAAACCGGAAGGGUCUUGGGGCGGGAUUGACUACUUCCGCGCGCAUGCUUGCCAUCGCGACCCGGCAUUCUACCAUUCGAUAAUCGGCCGCAUGUCUGCCGCAAUCGGUGUAGGAUUCAACGAGGCGCGGUACUGGCACCACCGCAUAUAUGGAGGACUCGUGAACCUCGCACAAGUGCCUCCUGCGGACGUUGGCGCCGCCGCAGCCUAUGAGGCCUAUCGAAUAUACAAACACAGACGAUCCGUGUUCUUCCACCCCUUGGGCAGGGACAUCGAGCGGCAUAGAGAGAUGCUGAUUGCGAUGGCAAUCGCGGAAGCCACACAACUGUGGCAGUACACCGGACGCGCGUUGGAUGCCUAUGGCAGGCAGGACGCUGCGGAGGCUGCGGCGGCCACAGCUUCGCAGAUCGCACGAAGAGUGUGUACACGCUAUCUUGAGCACUUGCACCGAGCAGACUUGCUGACUGGGUAUCCUGAAAAGGUCUUGGUGGAAGAAGCAGCAGCGCGCGGCGGAAAUGGCCUCUUCGGAGUCGGAGCGGGGAUGGGUGCAGGCGGCGCGUAUGGUGUAGGUACCGGCGUUCCUGGAGGAGGCUACGUUGCAAGCGCCCCCGGUACAGGCUACGGUGCAGGCAUGGGUUUUGGUGCAGGAAGUGUCAACCCCAUCGACUACACUAGCCCCGCAGCAAUGAACCCUCUCAACUACGCCGGUGCAGGAACCGGCUAUGGCGCAAGUACGCUCGACUACGACUCGGCGCGGCGAGGGCGCCCACGUGGUCUGAGGCGGGCCUCCUCGGCGGAUUCGCUGCUCCAAUAUUCUGGCGCAGGUCUAGGAAUGGGCGCGGGAGGAAGGGUGGCGGGCGGCGCGUUGGGUGCGGGCGCGAUACCGCUUUCAGCAACGGGAACGCCUGCGUCAGGUGUCGCAGGGUUGCUGACGAUGGGAGGAGUUGGAGUGGCAUCGCCAGCCUUCGGCGCGGGAAUGCCAACGCCAACAGCGGGCAUAGCAGCUAGCGUACCUACUGCAGUACCAGCUGGCGUGCCAGUUGCAGGGGCAUAUACUGCGCCAGCAGCCGUAGGAGCGGCCGGCGCACCGGUAUUAGGUGGAUAUCCAGUAGGCGCAGCCAGCGUCGUGCCGACCACCGGCGCAUACAGUACAGGUCCCGUAGGGCCGCUGAGCGGCGCGUACGGCGGGGCACUGGGUGGGAUGACGCGCGGAGUCGUGCCGGGAUACGGAGUGCCCGGCUCAGUGGGGCAAGUGGGUACGUAUGGCGCGUAUCCUGGGCAGGUGGUAAUGGGUACAGUGGGCAUGCAGCAGCAACCGCCGGUCGUCACGAUCAAACCUGCUCCGAGGAGACAUCAUGACAGGCAUCGGAGGGCGAGCAGCGCGAGCGUUGGAUAUUGAGCAAAGGAUGAACGAAAAUCCGAACUGGCCGACGAUUCUGCACAGUCUUCGAUCUGCCAUGAAUGCAAUGGGAUGACGAUUGAUGGAUGAUGGUUCUAGAUCAGGCUUGCAUAGUAUUGUUGUAGGACUUACUCGCGUAUACUGUAAGAUCCAGAUAUGAUAAUCAAAACAGCGAACCCGAAUGUCUU